AUGGCAAAUGAUAUGAGCAAUAAAACAGAAGAUUUGAUGAAUGAAUAUGAUUAUUAUGAAAUGAUUAAAUCAAAACUAAAAGAAAAGACAGAUUCUAUUAGUGAAACGAUUGUUUCAUUAAGUUUACUAAAAAGUCCUACGAGUAUAAUCGAUGCUUUAUUACAUCUUAAUGCAGACUGUACUUCAAUAGUCAUUAUUGCAACAGUCUCUCCAUUUUUAAGGGUUUUACACCAAAAAGAAAAAGCAACUUCUCUUAUAAAAGGAUUUAAUCAAGGGAAACAUUCUGUUGAUGAAGUUCAAGAAAUUUGCCUCACAAUCACUGAAGUUGUUCAUUUGCUUGGAUGUUUAGGUGACUUAACUGUUAAACAACAAAAAGACAUUCAACAAACUCAAGAAUGUACAAACAAAAUUUACCAAGAUUCACUACGAGAAAUGCAAAGAAAAAUAACACAGAAUGAAGAUAUUACUGAAGUGUUGAAACCAAUUGACAAACAGUUGUUUGUAAUGAUGGAUGUUGUUUUAGGUAUUCAAAAAGAAGUUGAAGAUGAAAUUCAAAAGUAUGUUGAAGUGAGGGUCAAAUUUAAUCAAGAAUAUGAGAGAAGAAAAGUACAAAUGGGAAUAUCAUCUGAACCAAAGAAAAGUAAAAACUCAAAACCAAAAGAAAAGCUAUCAGAAUCAUUAGAAGAGAAAGACAGAGAGAAAGAACAACAAGAAUAUAACCAAACACUUCAAUUAUGUGAAAAAAUUGCUAAAACAGCUACAAAUGAAACUGGAGAAGAAGAACAAAAACAAGAAGAAGAAAUAAGAAAAAUAAAAGUAAUUAUUGUUGGAUCAUUAGCUUUAAUUAUUCUUGGAAUUGCAAUGCUUUUAGUUCAAAAGAACACGGUAUGA